AUGUACUAAAUUUUUCAUUUUGAAUUAUGCUCUCAAAUGCUUUGUCCUGCCAGAGAAAGUGUUUCUUAGAGUUCCACGGCUGAGCUCUUCCCUGGCAUUGACUUUACUGCUUGAUACUGCACUGUUCAUUUGCAAAGUGCUUUACCGCCUUUACUGUGCUCACCCCCAUUCGUUUGCAACCAGCCAUUUGUCAAAGACCACCCACAGACAAGAGAGUGGGCCUUGACUUGCCUCUCCCUCUCGUCUGUGACUCAAGCCCUAUGCUUUAGCCACAAACAGUGUGCCCGUGUGUGUGGGUAAGCAGAAGUAAGCCCUGCUGAGACCCACCGGACUUACUCCCAAGUUCCUCCAUCACAAGCCUGACCACGACUAGGCAGAAACAAGUCCUGUUGAAUAUAGCUGGGUUAGGGCUGCAGCUUAACCCACAGUGGCAUUCCCGGUGGAGGACUUCUUAUAGGCCUUUCUAAACGCACACACGUCUCCUCUCUAUGGGAGUAUCUUGAAAGUGAUGUUUUUCUUUGGCUGCCAAACUUUUAAAUCCUCUCAGGCUCUCCUCCCUUCAUCUCAAGUUUGCAUGCCUUGGCCCUUUGACGGUGGCUUGCCAGACGGCCCGUGUGCGGAGCCUGCAGUGACCCCGCGCGGUCGCAAGGGGGACUACCUCUCCCCCUCUCUUCCCUCCGCCGCCUUUUUCAUGCGAGUGGGUGUCUCUCCCUGCCAGCUCCUCCUCACAAAAGAUUCCCCCGAGUUCCUUUCUCCGGGUUUUCAAGGCAUCCUUUUAAAAUCCACCUCUCCCUCUCAAGCCGAGAGCUCGGGCUGUGUAAGGAAGCGAGGGACGCGAGACGGAGGAGGCAGCUCACCAGGCGCAGCAGCCGCAGGACGAGGACGCGGAGGCGGCGAAGGGGGUGGCUGAGUGGGUAGGUGGCAAGUAACCGAAAAGCAACGAGGGUGGCUGGGGGGACGCUGAGCCGCGGCCGCUUUCCAAGUGCGAAGGAACCCGAUCGGAGAUCAGCCGAGGGCGAUCAUGGGGGAUAACGCGCCCUCCGAUGCCGGCUGUUAGCGAGUGAAAAGGGGCUCGGCGUCUGCAGAAGGACUAUCUGAUCCAGCCUAGUUUGAAAACAGCCGGCGAGAGCGGUGGCUUAAAAGGAAAAGCAGUUUGUGCGGCGGGGGCCCCAGAGUGGAGCGCGGCGCUUCCUACGGUUUGGGGUGGUUGUUGGUUUUUUGCCAUGCCUUUUGCCAAGCGGAUCGUGGAGCCCCAGUGGCUCUGCAGGCAGCAGCACGGCGCCUCGGUGCUGGACGAGAGCUCGGGCUGCGAGCCGCUUCAGCCAGAGAGCCAGCGAGACGAGCCCGGGGAGGCGGCGGCGGCGGCGGCGGCGGCGGACGAACCGGAGGAAGAGGCUGCUGCCCGACUGGCUGUAGUGCUGCCCGCCGAUGGGAAGGAGAAGGAGGCGGCAGCGGCGAUGGUGUUGGACCUCUGCUCCGUCAGCAAUGUGGCUCUCUCGCGGAUCCUCCGGCAACUCUCCGAUGUGGCCAGGCACGCCUGCACCCUCUUCCAGGAGAUCGAGAGCGAGAUCCAGCUCACCCACCGCAGGGUCCGGGCGCUGCACAGCAGGAUCGGCGGCGUCCAAGGGGUUGUACACAGCCUGGAUCCCAAACAGGAGGCAGUGCCCGUCUCAAACCUGGAUGCAGAGAGUAAACUGAGUGUGUACUAUCGUGCGCCUUGGCAUCAGCAAAGAAACAUUUUCCUUCCUUCCACCCGACCAUCUUGUGUAGAGGAGCUGCGUCAGCAUGCAAAGCAGAACUUGAGAGCCUUGAGGAGAGAGCAGCAAAACUGGAGUGAUAACAGAGAACAAAAAGUCCUGGGCCAAAUCUCUGUGGUGGCUCCCCCAUUUCCCUCCUUCCCUGUAACUUACAAUCAGAAGAACAAAGAGACAAAGAACCAUCACUUCGUAAAAUUUUACAGCACCCGCUCGUCCUCCCCCACCGAGUGUUGCCACAUGACCCCAUGGAGUCGAAAGUCCCACCCUCCGGAGGAAGAAGAUACAGAUGUCAUGUUAGGGCAGAGGCCGAAAAAUCCAAUACAUAAUAUCCCUUCCACACUGGAUAAGCAAACCAAUUGGAGCAAAGCACUACCUCUCCCAACUCCAGAGGAGAAAAUGAAACAAGAUGCCCAAGUGAUUUCCUCUUGCAUUAUCCCCAUCAAUGUCACUGGAGUUGGUUUUGACAGAGAGGCUAGUAUACGCUGCUCUCUUGUUCACUCACAAUCCGUGCUACAGCGGAGACGGAAACUGAGAAGGAGGAAAACCAUCUCUGGCAUCCCCAGAAGAGUCCAACAAGAAAUAGAUUCUGACGAAUCACCAGUAGCAAGAGAGCGGAAUGUGAUUGUGCAUGCAAAUCCAGACUUCUCUAAUAACGUCAACAGGAGGUCAGGUACCAGAGAUUCUGAGUGCCAGACAGAAGAAAUCCUCAUUGCUGCCCCAUCCCGGAGAAGAAUCCGAGCUCAGAGAGGUCAGAGCGUAGUAGCCUCUCUGUCUCACUCAGCUGGCAAUAUAUUGGUGCUGACAGACAACGGUGACACCAUGUUUACAACAUCAGUGAGCAACCGCGUCCGAUCAAGGAGUCUUCCUCGUGAAAGUGCUAGAGCCAAUGAAGGGGACCGCAACACUGGUGCCAAAAUGUCAGCGUACGAUGCAGAACACUUUUUAGCAAGCCAAGGGAGAAUCUCCACAAAGAGUAAAGAUGCCAUCAAUACCCAGUGUUUGCAAGAACACCAUUCCAUAGGUUUAACUUGUUCUCAGCAUCUUCAUAGUUCAGAGUGCAAUUCAAAUGAGAGAGGGCGAUCAAGGUUGUCAAGGAUGGCAGAUUCUGGAAGCUGUGAUAUUUCCUCAAACUCUGACACCUUUGGAAGUCCCAUUCACUCUUUCUCCACAGCUGGGGUUCUUCUCAGCAGUCACAUGGACCAGAAAGAUGAUCAUCAAUCAUCCAGUGGGAAUUGGAGUGGAAGUAGCUCAACUUGUCCUUCUCAAACAUCAGAAACUAUUCCUCCUGCUGCCUCUCCCCCACUCACUGGUUCUUCACACUGUGAUUCAGAAUUAUCCCUGAACAUUGCCUCUAAUGCCAAUGAAGAUUCUAGUGUUUUAAUAACAGAACAAUACAGUGAUCAGAUAGAUAAGGUUAGAGGCCACAGGACAAGUUCUUUCACUUCUACUGUAGCUGAUCUACUCGAUGACCCUAAUAACAGCAACACAAGUGACAGUGAAUGGAAUUUCUUGCAUCAUCAUCAUGAUGCAUCCUGCCGCCAAGAUUUCAGCCCUGAACGCCCUAAGACAGACAGCCUGGGAUGUCCAAGUUUUACAAGCAUGGGCACAUAUGAUAGUUUUAUAGAGAAGACUCCAUCUGACAAAGCAGACACUAGCUCACACUUUUCGGUUGACACUGAAGGCUAUUAUACCUCCAUGCACUUUGACUGUGGUCUCAAGGGAACUAAAAGUUAUAUUUGUAACUAUGCAGCUGUGGGCUCUGAGAAUGGCCAGAAUGCAAGUGUUGCUUCCAAUCUCACUAACAGCGCCUGGCAGGAUUACAUAAACCAUCGGAGGCAAGGAAAGCAGAGCAUCUCUCUAAAAAAACCAAAGGCAAAGCCAGCCCCACCAAAACGCAGUUCAUCUUUAAGGAAAUCUGACAGCAGCACAGAUCUUCCUGAGAAGAAAGAACCAAAGAUAAGCAGUGGGCAGCAGCACAUGCCUCAUACUUCCAGGGAAAUGAAGCUGCCACUUGAGUUUUCAAACACACCUUCGAGAGUAGAAAACAGUAGUCUGCCAAGCAAGCAGGAACUCUCCUGGGAUAAUCAGGAUGAGAGUGGAUUAAAGGACCCUCCAUUUGACACCAUGGAUAUCCCAUCAUUUAAAGAUGAAGGUGCUGAACAAUCUCACUAUGCAGAUCUCUGGCUUCUAAAUGACUUGAAAUCUAAUGACCCUUAUAGGUCUUUAUCCAAUUCUAGCACUGCUACGGGUACUACAGUCAUAGAAUGCAUAAAGUCACCAGAAAGUUCUGAAUCACAGACAUCACAGUCUGGAUCAAGAGCCACCACUCCUUCCCUCCCUUCUGUUGAGAAUGAGUUCAAGUUGGCUUCCCCAGAAAAGUUGGCUGGUUUAGCUUCCCCCUCGAGUGGUUACUCCAGUCAGUCUGAAACACCAACAUCAUCUUUUCCUACAGCUUUCUUUUCUGGACCUUUAUCCCCAGGGGGGAGUAAAAGAAAGCCAAAAGUCCCAGAGAGGAAGUCUUCAUUACAACAGCCUUCUUCUAAAGACAGCCACAUAUCUCUAAACAAAGAUCUAGAACUUCCAGUUGUACCCCCUACACAUCUUGACCUAAGUGCUCUUCAUAACGUCUUAAAUAAACCAUAUGCUCACAGGCACCAAUUACAUGCUUUUAAUAACAAUAAACUGAAUAUGGUAGAAGAAGCACUGAAUUCUCCACCAUCCCUUGCCAUUACACCUUCAGUUCUGAAGUCUGUACAUCUUCGAUCAAUCGAUAAGCCUGAAGAAGUGAAACAAAAAGAUCAUACAGACCUCCAUCUUCAAGGAAACACUUUAAUGGCGACUGCCAUUUCUUCAGGUAAAAUGAAACCUCAUGCAAGCAAGGAACAAAUAUCACACCAAUACUCCAUGGAAGAUGCUAUUGUAUCCUAUGUCAAUGUCUCUCCAGUACAGAUAAGCCCAGAACAACUGCACGCUACAAACAGUUUGACUUUAAUUGAAAAGAAUACCUGCCAAGAGACAGCAACCUCUGUAAACGUGGCUGCUCCAACUGCUAAAUACGCAACAGAUCAAAUGCAUCGGGUUCAUGAGUUUUUACUAGAGAAUACAGUAACUAAAGCCUGUGGCAGUUCUGAAUGGUUUCCACAAAGCUCAGAUGGCCUUUCAAGCAAUUCUGAGGGGAAGAUAACCACAUAUGGAUCAGAGCAGGAUAGGAGUCUUGACCUUGUGCAGCCUCAGCAAGAAUUACCUGCACUCUGUGAACGAAAGUUGGAAUAUGAACCUACACAUAAAAAUAUGUCUCAGUCUGGCCCCUCAGCUGCAGGAGCAGACAUUAGUCAUCAGCUAAAGCUUCAGCUUGAUCUAAGCCAACACAAUGACAACAUGCCUGGGAAUGUCAGCUAUGAAUCAGCAAUCUCAACUGUAGAUUCACUCAGUGACAAACCUUCUGAGAAGGAAAACGAAAUUGUGUCAGGUAUUCCAACCAAAAGUGCCUCAGAUGAGAGUGACAACAGAGCAGCUGAGACACAAAGGACCCCAGAUGAUGAUGUUUUAAAAGAAUCUUCUCCGAAUGACGAUUCCAUAAUCUCACCCUUCAGUGAAGAUUCUCAGGCUGAAGCAGAAGAUGUUUUUGUGUCUCCAAAUAAGCCUCGAACAACAGAGGAUCUAUUUGCAGUUAUUCAUCGGUCAAAAAGGAAAGUGCUUGGAAGAAAGGACUCCGGAGACAUUUCUGCAAGGAACAGAUUGAGAGCAUCAUCUAGUACUAGCAGCGUGUCUUCUAGUGCCAGCAGCGCAUCACCUGCGGCUGCAGCCAAUAUUCCCCCUACCACCAGUGUGGCAAGCCCAGCAUCCAGCCAGAGAUCUCCUGGGCUUAUUUACAGGAAUGCCAAAAAAUCCAACACAUCUAAUGAAGAAUUCAAACUGCUGCUCCUGAAAAAGGGUAGUCGGUCGGAUACUAGCUAUAGGAUGUCAGCCACCGAGAUACUAAAGAGUCCUAUUUCACCCAAAUCUCCUGGAGAACUAAUUGGGGAUACUCUUCAAAAUGCUGAGGAGGCUUCCCAAGCCUCAUCAAGUGCCGAGACAUUAGCUCCUCUCUCUCCUUGCCCCCCAAGAAUAAAUGCAGAAGGGUUUUCUUCUAAAAGCUUUCCCAUGUCAGCAUCUUCACGAGUGGGACGGUCGCGGGCACCCCCUGCAGCAAGCAGUAGCCGGUACAGUGUCCGCUGUAGACUGUAUAACAGCCCAAUGCAAGCCAUUUCAGAAGGCGAGACUGAGAAUUCUGAUGGGAGCCCUCAUGAUGAUCGAUCCUCUCAGAGUUCCACAUAGGCUGCAUAAGGACCAGAGCACACUUCUGACUGGGAACUCAUUUGGCUCACCUAAAUAUAAGAAGCCAAUUUUGUAGCAGCCAAAUACCCUGCAGGGCAAUAUUGAAGCUUGAAAAUGCUAAGAGUUGCUUAUAAGACUGGGAGACAAGAAGAUGAUCUGUAGCUAUUUAUUUACAUUUUCUACAAGUAGAAACAUAUACUAAAUGAUUAAAUUUGGUUAACAUUCA